AUGGCAGAACAUGUUACUCUCCAGCCGGCUGACAUGGUCGAGGAGAUAGUGAGCGCCGUGGACAGUGCUAGUGAUGAGCUGCGGCGCUUGAGUCUUGAAAUUUUCAACAAUCCAGAGACAAAAUUUGAGGAGUUCAAAGCUUGUGAGCUGUUGUCAAAUUGGCUUGAGAGCCGUGGGUGGAAAGUUAGCCGAGGUGUAUAUGGUCUCAAGACUGCGUUUGAGGCACAAUUCUCGGUUGUUGAAGGAGGAAGGACAGUUUGUUUCAACGCAGAGUAUGAUGCCCUCCCUGACCUGGGACACGCGUGUGGUCAUAACUUGAUCGCGAUCUCCUCCUUAGCAUCUGCGAUUUCGCUUGAGCACGUCCUGAAAACCCAUCAUUUGCCGGGUACACUUGUCGUUAUGGGAACGCCUGGAGAAGAAUCCGGCGGCGGGAAAUGGAUCAUGGCGAAGAAUGGUGCUUGGAAUGGGUUUGAUGCUUGCGUAAUGACACACGGGAUGCGAGAUUUUAGCACUCCACUCUGCUUAACGAAGGCUUCCUGGAAGUUAAGAGCACGAUUCCAUGGCCUAGCAGCACAUGCUGCCACCGCUCCAUGGAGAGGAUUAAACGCUUGUGACGCUAUCGUGCACGCGUAUACUGCAAUCUCGAUGCUACGCCAACAUCUCGAGAAAGGCUCUAGUAUUCAAGGAUGCAUUCUUGAGGCGGGAAAGGCGUCCAAUAUAAUACCGGAUUAUGCAGAGGGUCUGUUCAGCAUAAGGGCCCCCACAAUGCAGAAGCUGGGAGAGCUCAAGUCCAGAUUUGAGCCCAUAUUUGACGCUGCAGCCGCUGCAACAGGAUGUAGUGUUGCGCUUGACUGGACAGCGCUGUACGAAGAUGUUGUCUCAAAUGACACACUCGCUGAGCAGUAUCGCAAUUACAUGAUACAGCACUUGGGUACCAAGCCAGAGCAACUACCCACAUUAGAAGAAUCCCGAGUGCUUCAUGAUCAACCGGGAUGCUCGGACUUUGGUAGCUGCACAUAUAUUUGCCCUGGAAUUCAGGCCAUGUUUUCGAUAGAAGCAACAGACUUUCCCCAUUCAAUCGGGUUCCGUGAAGCAUCCUGCGGGGAAUUUGCUCACAACGAGGCACUGAAAGCUGGCCAGGCAAAUGCUCUUAUUUCCCUCGACAUUCUUACCAACGAUGACUUCGCAGGUGAAGUGAAGGAAGAGUUCAUUGAGGCCAUGAAGAAGGCAGGUCGCUGGAAAGCAUGA